AUGGAUUUUAAGGAUACAAAGGCCUUUUCCAAUUCCUCCACACGAUAUUAUCCCACAUGGAUCCUCAUUUUAAUCGUCGUCCUUUUGCAAAUUUACCUAAUCUUCACCACCACUUGCUCCGUUCCACUCUCCCCCGCCACCGCUAGAGAACGCGGCCAACUCUCUAACACGGCUGCUGGAGACCCCUGCAGCUCCGGGAGAGUGUUCGUUUACGACCUGCCUCCCAUUUUCAACAAACAAUUAUUGGAAAAUUGCGAGUCCUUAGACCCAUGGACCUCCCGCUGUGAUGACGUGUCCAACGGUGGGUUCGGCCGCCGGGCGACGGAGCUCGUUGGCGUUGUUCCCGAUGGUCUAGCUCCGACGUGGUAUUGGUCGGAGCAGUACAUGUUGGAACCGAUUAUACAUAAUCGGAUUCUUAACCAUAAGUGUAGAACGUUAGAGCCGGAAUCAGCUACGGCCUUCUACAUACCGUUUUAUGCUGGUCUCUCCAUCGGACGGUUCCUAUGGCAGAAUCAUACUACUUCCGAUCGUGAUCGGGAUUCUGAGAAGUUGAUUAAGUGGGUCCAGGAUCAGCCGUAUUGGAAUAGAUCGAACGGUGGAGAUCAUUUCAUUACUCUGGGACGGCUGACUUGGGACUUUAAACGGUGGGGGAAUAACGAGUGGGGGUCCAGUUUUGCGUUGAUGCCAGGGAUGAAAAACGUGGCGAGGUUGAUCGUGGAAAGAGAACCGUCCGAUCCAUUGGAUAUCGCUCAAAUUGGAGAAUUUGCUUUUCUUGUUUAG